GCUCACGAAUAAAUUAAUCAACCAUUAAGCAUAUUCAGCUUAAUCAUUAAAGCAUCGCCAGUCUCCUCUCUCUCCUACGGGUCAACCAGUAAGCAUAUUAAGCUUAAUCAAGAAAAAAUAGCUCCUUUAUGCAAAAUCUUCCACUUCUCAAGCUUAAUCAACUAAGUAAGUGAUUCUGGAGUAAAUUUAGCUCUUUAGAAGGCAGCUUUCAGUAAAUUGUUGAGGAAGUGCAAAAGCAGGUCAUUCAGUCUUUGGCAAUUCGGAGGAUAGAAAAGUUCUCCAAUUUCCACUUUAGUUGGAUAAAGAUGUCAUUUGCCUCUUCUAGUUCGUUACCACCUUUCGAACAGUGGGAAAAUGAUGUGUUUUUGAGUUUUAGAGGUGAAGACACGCGUCAGACCUUUGUGGCUCACCUUUACAGACAAUUAACUCGGGAUGGAAUCAAGACCUUCAAGGAUGAUGAAACACUAGAACGAGGUGCAUCGAUUUCACCUCAACUUGUCAGUGCCAUUAAACUGUCAAGGUUUGCCAUUAUCAUCUUCUCAAAGAACUAUGCUUCGUCCAAAUGGUGCUUGGAUGAGCUGGUGAAGAUCAUGGAGUGUAGAGAUGAACUUGGGCAGAAAGUUGUACCAGUGUUCUAUGACAUAAGUCCAUCGGAAGUACGCUCCCGGAAAAAUAGUUUUGCUAAAGCCUUCUCCAAAUAUGAGGAAGAUUUCAAGGACGACACUGAGAAGGUGCAUAAAUGGACGAAAGCCUUAAGUGAAGCAGCCAAUUUGUCAGGCCAUGAUCUGCAUGGGAGUACUUACAAUGGAAAUGAGUCUCGGUGCAUUGAACAUAUUGUGAAAGAGAUUGCUAAUAAGUUGUGCCAAAAGUCAAUGAUCAGUGACACUCUAGUUGGUGCAGAAUCACAAAUUCAGGCUGUAAGCUCGCUGUUGAUGAUGGAAUGUGAAGAUGUUCGAUUUAUUGGGAUCUGGGGGAUGGGUGGUAUUGGCAAGACCACCAUUGCAAGUGCCAUUUUUCAUAGAUUUUCUCAUCAAUUCGAAGGUGCUUGCUUUGUUGCAAACAUUAAAGAUCAAGUUAAACAGGGAUUGCUGUCUCUGCAAAAGACUCUGCUUACUAAGGUAUUGACCAGUGAGUCUGUGAAUCUUGCUGAUGAGUAUGGUGGGAUUGAUAUGAUAAGAAAAAGGCUUGGCUUUAAGAAGGUUCUGGUAGUUCUUGAUGAUGUGGAUCAUCAAGACCAGUUGGAUAGGCUAGCUGGAGCCCAUGAUUGGUUCGGUAAAGGUAGCAGAGUUAUUAUUACUGCAAGGGACGAGCACUUGCUAUUGGACUGUGACGACACUUACAGAGUUUGUUUACUUGCUAUAGCUGAAGCAACUCUACUAUUUAGUCGGCAUGCUUUUAAAGAGACAUUUCCAGUCAAUGGUUUUGAGCAGUUCUCUCACCGAGUUGUAAAGUAUGCUGGUGGCCUUCCCCUGGCGCUUAAAGUCUUGGGUUCCUUCCUUCGUGGACGGAACAUGAAGCAGUGGAGGAGUGCACUAGAUGCACUGCGAGAUAUUCCUAGUGAUGGAAUCAUUUCAAAGCUUAAGAUAAGUUAUGAUGGACUAGGGGAUGCAGAGAAGCAAGUUUUUCUAGACUUAGCAUGUGCAUUUUUAAGAACUCCUGGUUAUGUUUUGAAAAAACUAUUCACUGAAAUAAUGAUUGAUGUCCUGGUUGAGAAGUCCCUCCUUUUGGUUCAAUCAUCUGGUAAGAUUGAGAUGCAUGAUUUGAUUCGAGAAAUGGGCUGGCGUAUUGCAAGGCAAGAAUGCCCUAGGCGCCGGAUAUGGCUUCGUGAGGAUAUUGCUGAUAUUUUUUCUGAAAAUAAGGGCGGAGAAGCAAUAGAAAGCAUACAAAUGCUGUCGAAGUCCAACUCAGAGGAAGAUACUGUACACCUGAGCAAUGAAGUCUUCAAGCAUAUGAAGCAACUAAGAAUAUUUGCAUCAUGGUCUCAGAACAACUUGAUGCAUGACCCCAUUAAUUAUCUUCCUAACAGCUUAUGCUGGUUAAUUUGGUCAUAUUAUCCUUCACCAUCUUUGCCAAAAGAUUUCGAACCAUCAAAGCUGGUGGUGCUUAGUAUGCGGUAUAGUUAUGUGAUUAACCUCUGGGAAGGGUCAAAGCGUUUAAACAGGUUGACCCUUCUUGAUUUGAUUGGCUCCCGUGAAUUAAUUCAAAUUCCAGACCUAUCGGGAUCUCCAAAUUUGGAGAGGCUAAUCCUACCUGAAUGUAUUCGGCUUGAAGAGGUCCACCCAUCUGUUGGAGCCCUCAAAAAGCUUAUUAAAUUAGAUGUGAGAGAUUGCAAAAAACUUGAAAGGCUUCCCACUAUGUUACAGUCGGGGGUUGAAGUUCUAAAUUUUUCUGGUUGUCGGAGUUUGAGAAAAUUUCCAGAAAUUCAACAGAAUGUAAUUCGCUUAACAGAAUCAACAUCAGCAUUUGAACAUGGGAAUAUCCGGGGCUCUCUAGAUUUGAGCGGCUGCAGUAACAUUGAAACACUCCCUAGAAGCAUUUGCAGGUUGAAAACAUUGAGGUUUCUUUACCUCAAUCGCUGUACCAAACUAAAGAACUUGCCAGAAGACGUUUGCGAUCUGGAACACUUGGAGGGGCUUGAUGCAAGUGAAACUUCGAUCUGGUGCAUCCCAAAUUCCAUCACACGCUUGGAGAAACUAAAGUUCUUAUCUUUCCGAAAAGUACCUAAGUUUUUUCAUGAGAGCGAGUUAUGCAGUUGGGGAUGUUUUUCCCAACUUGAUUUGAACUUUCAGCUGCCCAGUAUUUUACCAUCUGGCACACUUACAAGUCUGGAUCUUAGUGCUUGCAACUUAGUUGAUGGCAGUAUUCCUGAAUGUCUCGGAUGGUUUGCCGCACUAUUGACCUUAAACCUUAGCAGAAAUAGCUUCACCUAUUUACCUAAAAGCAUUUCACUACUUUACAGCCUCCGAUUCCUUGACAUAACCUAUUGUGAAAAGCUUAAAGAGCUGCCAGAGCUUCCUCCACGUAUAAUGGAACUGUUUGCAGAUGAUCGCUUUGCUUUGCAGAGCAUUCCAACACUACCAGCCAUGUACAAAGAGCUGUACUUGGUCUCCUUUGCUAACCUGAAGUUGCAAGAGAUGUGGUGUAAUUCACACAGAGAAAGUUUUGGUGCGCAGAUGACAAACUGUCCAAGGGAGAAUAUGACUGACAUGCUAGAAGACAUUCUCCUUCCAUUUUUGUCAAUGGUACAGCAAAAGUUGGUUUUCGAUGACCCGCACAGAGGAGGGAUAUUUUGUAUUGCCUUCCCUCGAAGUGAUCCACGUCAUGAGGUUCCUUCGUGGUUCAUGUAUUCUGCGAAAUGUGCAAAGGCGAUGUGCUUCAAUCUUAACAAACACUGGUACAGUGAUACGUUUCUGGGAAUUGCUAUUUAUUGUCAGCUUCCAUUCUUAAAUGAUGAAUCGCCAAAAGACCCGAGUUUAUCAUUCAGUAUGUUUCGUAGUGUACAGGUCACUAUAAAAUUGGUGCCAGAACGUGCUUCUAUUGAUCAACAACCUCUUGAAAAAAUAAUUCGUCUGUCAGUGUCGAGAGUAGUUGCAUGUGGCAGUUUUGACUGCUUUAUUUUCUUUCAAGUGGAUAUGAGUAAGGUGCAUCGCAAAGGAAAAGGUAAAGAUACUAUGGUAAAUGAUUCUGUAGAUUUGAGGUAUCUAUAGGUCCCUGUAUUCCAUUACAUUUGGGAGUUCAUUUAGUAUAUGCUGAUGAUAGUGAGGAGAUGAGGUUGAAAUCUUGUCCGUCCCAGGGGAAAUAAGUCAUUUUUAUGAGACACUGAUCUUUUUAUGCUUGAAAGAGCUGUUUCUGUUCCCUUAUAAGUCAUUUCCACUGCACUGUCGAACAACUGUUAAUUUCAAUGUUUUCGAUGUUGAGCACACUAUAGAAUUUCAUUAGAACAAAAGAUACAUUUCAUAUGAUACUUAGGCAAAGUUAAAUAA